GGGUGGGAUUUUUUGAGAGGCGUUGCCGCACACACCGACUACUACAGGAAUAUAUACCCACCCUUCGCCGCAUAUGUUCACAUAUUGCGCAUUUAGCCUCUGCGUACAGCACAGAAAUAGUCCGAGUUCAAGAUAUUGUAAGGAAUAAAGGUUAGUAAUGGCCAACUACAUUCACGUACCCGACGAAGCUCCCGCUGUGCCCAAAAUAGAUGUGACAGUUGACGAAAGCGACUACAGAUCCGGUGCACUGAAGCUGAUCAAGGAGCUGAGACCGAGUUGGAAGCCAUCUGAGGUCAAACUGAAGUUUUUCACAGACGGGAUAACUAAUAAGCUGCUGGGAUGCUACGUGGGUGCUUUCAUGCAGGAUGUGGUUCUGGUCCGUAUUUAUGGCAACAAAACAGAAUUGUUGGUUGACCGGGAAAAUGAAGUGAAAAGUUUCAGAGUACUACAUGCAAACCGCUGUGCCCCACACCUAUACUGCACCUUCAACAAUGGCCUUUGUUAUGAAUUUCUGCAAGGAACUGCCCUGGAGCCUGAGCACAUUCGCAGCCAACCUGUGUUCAGCCUAAUUGCCAAGCAGCUGGCCAAGUACCAUGUCAUCCAUGCUCACAAUGGCUGGAUGCCCCAGUCUGACCUGUGGCUGAAGAUGGGCAAGUACUUUGCUCUCAUCCAAAAGUACCUCAAGGACCCUGAGCGGAACACCAGGUUGAGUAUGGAGGUGCCCAACCAACGGUGCCUCCGAGAAGAGCUGGUGUGGCUCCAGCAGAGCUUGUCUGUGCUGGGCUCCCCUGUAGUUCUCUGCCACAAUGACCUUCUCUGCAAAAACAUAAUCUAUAAUGAGGAGGAAGGCAAUGUAAAGUUCAUUGACUACGAGUAUGCUGGGUACAAUUACCAAGCCUAUGACAUUGGGAACCAUUUCAACGAGUUUGCUGGGCUGAAUGAGGUGGAUUAUAGUCACUACCCUCAGCGGGCCUUUCAGCUGCAGUGGCUGCGCUUCUACCUGGAGGCCUAUAAGGAGAAUAAAGGUCAGGGCAGUGAAGUGACCGACAGGGAGGUGGAGAUUCUUUAUGUCCAAGUCAACCGAUUUGCCCUGGCAUCUCAUUUCUUCUGGGGUCUCUGGGCUCUCAUUCAGACCAAGGUCUCCACCAUCGACUUUGAUUUCUUGGGAUAUGCAGUUGUGCGCUUCAACCAGUACUUCAAGAUGAAACUGGAGGUGGCUGCGCUGAACUUACCUGAAUAAAAGCCCCCACUCAUCAUCUUCUCCUCCUGCUCUUCCUCCCUUCCAAUCUGCUCUGAGCUUCACAUGACGACUACAAAGCGCCCUGUGGGAGUCUGUGUAGACUGAGAGUCUGUCCUGCUCAGUGCCUACAGGUCCCUUCUACAUGUCCUUAUCGCUAAAGAUUGAAUGGACCACAAGCUUUUCCAUCCUUUGCUGCCACACCUUUUGUUAUCCGGUAGCCCAAAUCAUUUGUAAUGUGGGCGUGUGUGAAGUACAGAUUUAAGACCUGCUACAAUGUGAAGCCCGCAUGGCCAAAUUUGUGGUUGUGGUCAUUUAUUCUAAUAGAAAUUAGGAUAUCAACGUGAUGUAUAUCAUUUACAUGUAAGCAGCUAUUCUCGUAGCUCAACUCUCCAUGAAUAAGACGGAGGUGGAAUGUCACGUUAUUCACAACCCACACAUUGUAACCACCUACAUGACUGACAGGUGGCCCAAACACUAACCUGAUUGCCUGGAGACACCUUCAUAUGCACGUUCAUGGGGGAAACGCUCGAGGGACAGCCCAGCUAACGACCACAUUUACAACAACAUGAAAGCAACACAAAGCCUGCAUUGUUUGCUGAAGCACCAAGAUGAAAGGAAAAAAAGAAAAGAAAGGCCAACUUGGAAAGGCCAGAGCUGUCCCUUAAUCCCAUGUGAGACUGGGCCAAAUCAUUUAACAAAAAAAAAAAAAAAAGAAAGUUGUGGCCUGCCUUGUGACUCUUGUUUUCACCCUUAUUUUCCUCAGCAUACUGGUAUGCAUGGGUGGUAGGCCAGAAUAGCCGCGUAGUCAUUGUUGCUGUGUAGUUUGGUGAGGGCUCAUGUGUUUUGACUUUCUGGACUGAAGGUAGAAACAUUGAGUUGUAGGAGAGCAUCUCGUGUUUACAUCUAACCUCUCCCUCCAGUUAAACGGUUGUACUGUGUCAGUGAGCAGUCUUUUGACUUGAGGGAGAUUUUCACUGUAAUGUACGUUUCAUGUUUGUUUUUGACACUUGGCCUUUUUGUCUAAAUCUGAACUGAGGACAAGCUUGCUGUAAUUUGAACAUUCCAUGUUCAUAAUUCUAGAUAGGACAUUUGGUUGUAGUUCACAUGCUAAAGUUAGCAGUGUUGGGGACUAAAUUCACUCAUCGACUGUAAGACAUGUUGUACUAAACAAGACCAAACCCUUAUACAGUAUGCUCUGUCAAGGAACGUUUGGGGAUCCUCUUAAUAUUCUAAAACACUGCUGUUCAGUCCCAAUGAAGUAAGGACAUUGUAUACACUUGUAGACCAGUUUUUAUUCAAGUAUGUAUUGAGAGAAGUGUGUCGGAUUGCUGAGCCACUGUUGGAAAAUUAUAAUUUUAAGCGCCCGAUGUUGAAAGUCUGUUGAAAAGUGGAAUUUAGGUGGAAAAAAGAGAAAGAAAGUGGAGUUGUUUGGUUACAUACAUCUGUGUUAAGUUAAAAACAAUGUAAUGAAAGUCAGCUGUUUGUGGGACCUGAGGGGCAACAGCACCAUCUGGUGGAGAAAAACUAUUAUGGCUGCUGUCAGUAACUUCUUGAUAUUAACUUUGACCUUCAUGUUAAUGUUUUUGAAUGAGCUUUAGGAGACCCUAAAAAACAUCAUCUCUUGGUUACUUUAACAAGCCUACACCAAAGAGCUGUCAUGUGUUUUUUGCUUGUACAUAAUGCACACUGUAUCAUUUUCAAUGUAGCACAAAGAGAACUAGAAUAACGGUUAUAUAGAUUUUUUUAUACUUGUUGUUGAGGCCGAGGUCUUUAAAAGUGUGUGGAUGUUUGCUGAUGCAGCAGCAGAUGACUCUUGGGACAAAUAUAGAAUAUUUUAAAGUGCCAGAAGAGCACCUUAUCUUCAGCUUCCUGAGCCAUUUAAACGUAAAUGUCAUGUAGAAUAUGUUGGAACAAGUUUUCUUGUUUACUCCAAAACAGUUGCCCAGGUGCUCUCUGCUGUAACAUCUCUGCAAAGCUCCGUGGAGAGACAAUUACUGACCAGAUGUCUGCCGGUGUGCCUGUGAAAGCUCUUAUUUUUUGUACUAAAGUUGGAAGGUUAGGCGCAUUUCUCCUCCUCUGUCUUUAAUUUAGUGUUGUGUUUUUCCAUGCAGAUGAAUCAAGGUGGAAGAAUUAAGAAGUAGUUUGAAUUAGGCCUAAAGUAUGUUGGCUUCUAAGAUAUGUGAUGCUGAUGUUAUCGGUUCAACUUGUGUUGGAGGGUAACGUUAAGGGGCUGUGAAAGAUUGGUUUCUGUUGAUUAGUACCUCGUCAGACGACAUUUACACAUAAAUUAAUGCAUUGUGUCGAAUUUGACUGAAAUAUAUCCUCUAGGCUUUAUUUCCACACCUAUCUGAAACAAAUACAUUUUCAUUGUUCAUACAUAGGUCAUCUGAGUACUGCUAAUAAUAUGAACCUUAACUACUAUUAAACAUUGUACAAAGGUCUGUCCUUAAAUAUCUCUGGCCACUUUAGCAUUUGUUUAUAUGUACAGUAAACCCAUGUAAUAAUAUCUUUGCUUGUUCUCAAAUGUGAAUGAAUGUACAUAGAGGGAGUUCUUUUUUUUUUCUAAAAGUUGCAUUAAAGUGAAUAGUUGCCUGGGGUAAGAGGUGAAAUAAAAACAUGACAUUUUCAAUACUGUAAACAUGCUUUGAAAAUAAAGUCUAUUUACCCUUA